CCCCUUGUUUCGUCAACUGAUCAGAAAAUGGGAAACUCACGCCUUGUUACUUGAGGUGGGUGGAUGCGCUUUGGUUACGGCUUCCGGUUGCCUGUGGCAGUACCGCCAUUUUCCUCGCGACGCUCGUUAUUUCACACAAGCCUGCACAGUAUAUAUAUAUAUAGCUGCACUGCACGAUCCAUGGCUGUCCCGGCUGAUAGCUGCGUCGCUGUUUAGGUCAGACGUGAUGGCCCUCCUUCAAACACCCAACCUCUGCCGCUUCUCGUACUGACCGCGCUGACCUCGUCCUUCACCAGCACCCUCUGCUUUAGGGUUUCCGAGCCAGCCGUCAUUCCGUGAGCAGCAGUAUCACCGAGGAUAGGAGGGGCCAGAGCGUAUCUCUAGCAGGCGAUGCAAGGCGGGGGCUAGGCUAACAGGGAGGAAGGAGAGAAGGAGAGGCUAACAGAAAGGAGGAGGGGGGGGAAGCGGCCGAAGCUUAGAAAGGCGUGCCUACUGUCCGCAAUAGUCAUUCCUGCUUGAGUCACCUUUUGCACGCGUCUCAUCAUCUGUCACUACUCUCCCGUCAUGACCAUCCCUUAAAUCCCUAUCCCGUCAGUACCAUCCCUUGGAAAAGCAUCCGAGCCACCGCCUUACGUAUUUAUUCGGGGGCAGAUUUACCGUCUCCACCCGUGCCGUCUCCACCCAUAUCAGUUCCACCCAAACCGUCUCCAUCCGGGCCGCGCGGCGGCAUGGUGGCGAGAUGCCUGGAGGUGACGGUGGGGUCGACGUCAGGGCUCAAGGACAGCAAGUCCACGACCAAGUCGGACCCGUACGCCGUGCUGCGCCUGGGUGCCGUGCAGCACCGCACGCACACGGCGUGCUCGCAGAUCUCGCGGCCCGUCUGGAACCACCGCUUCAGCUUCCUGCUCCCGGACGACGGCCAAGGCCCCAUGGACCUGCACGUGCAGUUCUGGGACAAGGCGGACGCGGGCGACCGCAUUCUGGGGUCGUGCAAGCUGAACCUGUCGCCCGUGUUCGCGGACGGCCACCUGGACGUCAUGCAGCCCGUGCACCGCCGCAACGGCAAGCUGCUCGGCCACGUGCGCCUGCACCUCUCGCUCCUCGUCGAGUCCGCCCCGCCCUCCCCGCCCCGCCCGCGGAGUAACUCCGCCUCCCGCUCCGCCUCCGCCGCCGCCGCCGCCGCGGGUGGGGGGCCGUCGGAAUCUGCCGCCGCUUCCCCGUCUCCCGCGCGCCUGGGGCCUUCCGCUGCUGCGCUCGCGGGGCAGGGUUCCGCGGGGGGCGGGGGAGGGGGAGGAGGAAGCUCGCCCGCGGCGUCGUCCAUCCGGGCGCAUUUUCCCGCGGGUUCCGCCAUCUCGCCUCUGCCGUCUCGCCUCAGGAGCCCCGACGCGGAUUUUUACGACGGGCGCGUAUCCUCCCCCGCGCAGCCUGCUAUGGAACACUCCUCGCUCUCGGGCAUGUCCGGCUCGUCCCUAGGGGGAGGCGGAGGCGGCGGCGGCGGAGGCGGAGCGCUUUCCCGCUCCCCGUGCCCGUCUAGUCUCUCCGCGCCGGCCGCGCCUUUCCCCCUUUCUUCCCUCGCGCACACCCAAGCGGCAUCGCCCCAUCACCAGGCGCAGCAGCAGCCGCGCCCGUCCUCCGCCUCCUCUUCCUCUUCCGUUGCGCUUUCCGCCGCAAUCGCCGCUGCCGCCGCCGCCGCCGCCGCCGGAAACCCCCUGGAUGCGAACACGCGGAAGCUCCUGGCGCGGCUGCUGGGCUCGCGCCUGGGUUCCGCCUCUGGGGGGCUGUCUGGGGGACUUGCGGGGCUGCUGAACAGCCCGGAUGGAGUGGCUACAGCGAAGGAGCUACUAGCGAGUAAAGACAGUGCUGGGAUCCUGCUCAUGCUCAUAAGCAAGCUCAGGCAGCAGCAGCAGCAACAGCAACAGCAGCAGCAACAGCAGCAAGAGCUAGAGCAAGAGCAGCAGCAGCAGGUGCAGCAAGAGGAGAACCGGGCGGAUAAGUUGCAGAAGGAGCAGCUGCAGCUUCUGCAACAGCUGUUGCGCCGGCAGCAGCAACAACAGCAACAGAAGCACCAGGAGCAGGAGCAGCAGCAACGGAAGCAGCAGCAAGAAAGGCACCGGCAGCAGCAGCUACGUCAGCUUCAGCAGCUGCUGCAACAGCAGCAGCAGCAGCAGCAGCAGCAACAACAACAACAACAGCAACAACAACAGCAGCAGCAAAAGCAGGCAGCGAAACAGCAACAGCAGCAGCUGCUGCAGCAGCUGCAACAGCUGCUCCUACGCCAGCAGCAGCAGCAGCAGCAGCAGUCAAAGCACACACCCACACAAUCGUCCCACUCACAGGAUCUAAGCCAGCCGCCCCAAGCAACCGCAAGCAAAACAGGGCAGGAUGGUGAGGAGGAGGAUGAAGAAGAGGAGGAAGGGGAGGAGGAGGAGGAGGCGGAAUCGAGGCAGCUGCAGAAGCAGAGGCGAGAGCUGCUAAGGGCGCUGCUAGCUCGAGCGAUGAAGGCGGACUGGGGGGGGGGCAGCAGCAAAUCCCAGGGCUCGGAGGAACCCCAGAGGAGCUCGGACUGGCUCCAAGUGAGUGGGCAGGUGAGCGGGCAGUUGAGCGGCCAGGUGAGUGGGGAUGGGCGCAACACGCACGGCACUAUGAGCAGGGCGAGUGGGGACGUAGGGCCUGCGGACUCGGCUGGGUGCUCUAUCAUGAGUGAGAGGCGCGCGGGCGCAGGGGCAGGGGGGUGGGCAGGCGGAGGGGGGAGGGUGGCGGGGAUAGGGUGCUCGGGGGGAGCUGGAGCGGGAGCGGGUACUGGCGCUGGGUUUGGGGUGGGGGGCGCGGUGGGGGGUAUUGGGGGCGGAGAGGGGCAGAGUGGGGCGGGUGGGGCGGGUGGGGCAGGGAGCAAGGGUGCUGGGUUGCAGAGGAGAGCGAGUCUUGACAGCUGCAGCACUGGGAGAGACAUGGCACAUGCCGCCGCUGCUGCCGCCGCCGCUGGUGCUGCUGCUGCUGCUGCUGCUGCUGCUGCUGCUGCUGGUGCUGGUGCUGGUGCUGGUGCUGGUGCUGGUGCUGCUGAUGGGCGUGUGGAAGAGGACGAGAUGGAGGAGGGAGAGGCAGCGGCGGCAGCAGCAGCGGCAGCAGCAAUAGCAGCGGCUUCCGCGCGUGCAUGGCAGAGGGAAGGAGGCGCUCUGUGUGCCACUCGCCUGGGGGAGGCAGUGGAUGCAGCAGCAGCAGAAGGAGCAGCAGAAGGAGCAGCAGAAGGAGCAGCAGCAGGCAGCAAGGGGGGAGGUGGAGAAAGCGAGGUGGGAGGCGAGGCAGGAGCAGGCGCAGGGGAGAGGGGCAGGGGAUCUUUUGGGUUGAGGAACGGAGAGAUGACUGGAGAGAGAGGCCUGCGAUGCAACGGCGGCCAAGGAGCAGAAGCAGCAGGAGGUGGAGAAGUUGCAGGGGCACUGGAAGAGGUUCGGCUCGAAAGGGGUGUAAAGACGGAGUCGCGGGAGGGUGGUGUGGGUGCAGGGCAGCAAGGUCUAAAGCAUGGCGAGCAGAGGGGUGUAGGAGGAGGGGAGGAGGAGGAGGACGAGGCGGAGGAGUUUUUGAAGCGUGUUGUGGCCGAUGGGGAUGGGGACGAGGCGCAUGAGUGCAUGCGGGACGAGCAGCAGGAUCAGCAGCACCAGGAAUACAGACAGCAGCAGCAGCAGCAGCAGCAGCAGCAGCAGCAGACAGCUGAACCAAAUCAAGGUGCGUCAGAGUGCAGAGAGCCAGUGCAGGAGGGGCGUGAGGCGCGUCUUGCCAAGGGGAUCUCGCCUGUAGACGUGCUUGGGAACGAAACCGGAAGUCAAGCGCCUGCUUCUGUAGGUACCUCUACGUGUGCCGCAGCAGCAGCUGCUGCUGCUUCUGCAGCAGAAUCCGAGGGCAGGGAAGUAGGAGAAAGCAGAGGAGGGACGGUGGCAGGAGCCAGAGGCAUGGCAGAGACAGGGCGAGGAGCAGACGGGCACGGGCUAGGAGGGAAUGGGAUAGCAGGGGAGGGAGCAGCAGCAGCAGCAGCAGCAGCAGGAGCAGCAGGAGCAGCAGCAGGAGGCCCCAGCAUGUCAGCGGGCGGUUCAGUAGCAGCAGGUGCGUUGGAGGCGGUGCACAGGGGGGAGGACCUGCUGCCCCCCAUGGAGGAGAUGGCCAUGGGCCCUCAUGCCGACCACCAGGAUGCCCAUGUCGGUGCACAUGGGGGUGUGGAUGCUGCUGAUGUUGGAGCGCUCCAUACGACAGCUGGAAACGCCGGGCUUACAGGUUACCCCACAGGAGCAGGGAGGGGAGGAGGAGAAGGCAGUCCGCAGCAGCAGCAGCAGCAGCAGGGAGCCGCUCUAUUCAAGCCGUCCCGUCCAGCCACCAACUUGCUGCUCGCGCGUUUCCCCCGCCCCCCUCCGCUUGACAUGAAGGCUGUGGGCUUUGACACCGAGCCGUCCCUCUUCUCGCCCUCAAUUCUCAGCGACGACCCCGGCGCCUUGGAUGGGUUCGGGCCCAUGGGGGCGGAUGGGAGUGGGAUGGGCAUGAGUGGGGGAGGCAGCGGAAUUGCGUGCGGAAACGGUGGUGGCGGUGUUGGUGGUGGGUCCGGUAGUGGGUUUUUUGGGGCGGAAGGGGGGAUGCAACGGGGGGGAAGUGGAGGAGGAGGGGCAACAGCAGCAGCAGCAGGAGGAGGAGGAGGUGGUGGGAGCAGCAGCACGGGCAACUGUGGUAGCUUCAGCAGCGGCUGCGGCGGUAGCGGAUUUGGCAACAGCGGAGUUGGUAGCAGCGUUGGCGGUGGUGGCGGUGGUGGUGGCGGUGGUGGCGGUGGUGGUGGCGGUGGCGGCGGUAACAGCAGCAGCAGCAACGCUGUGUUCAUCAUGCCGUCGCCGCUCAUGUCGCCCACUCUGCUCUUCUCCCCACUCUUCCCCUCGUCGGGCGGCCACGGGGACACUAUCUUCUCCCCUGCCACCCCCUUCUACCACUCCGCCUUCUCCGCGACGCCCUCUGCGCGCCGCCACGCCCGCAGCCUGGGAGCCAUUCCCGAGGGGCCGCAGGAGGGCGGGGGUGCAGGCGCGGGGAGGGGGAACGGGGGAGUGGGAAGCGGGGGUGGUGAUGGUGGUGGGGAUGGGGAUGGUGAUGAGGGUGCUGCGUUCUCGCCAAUUGUUGCGGGGAGUAGAGAGGGUGAAGGGGUGGUUGUUAGUCAGAAGCACAGCGGUGAGGGGCACAGUGGUGAGGGGCACAGAGGCGAGGGGCACAGAGGCGAGGGGCACAGAGGCGAGGGGCACAGAGGCGAGGGGCACAGAGGCGAGGGGCACAGCGGUGAGGGGCACAGAGGCGAGGGGCACAGCGGUGAGGGGCACAGCGGUGAGGGGCACAGCGGUGAGGGGCACAGCGGUGAGGGGCACAGCGGUGAGGGGCACAGCGGUGAGGGGCACAGCGGCGAGGAGUGCAGGAAGGGAGGUGGAGGGGGCGAGGGCGGUGGAGGGAGUAGUGAAUGGAGGGAGUCUGCUGGCAAUGGCUGCACUCCCGUGAGGUUGUCAGGAGAAGCAGGGCGCACUGACACUGCCAAUGACACCGGCAAUGACACCGGCAAUGACACGAAUGCUGCUGCACAAGAGGUGGCUCUGAAUCCCACGUUAAGUUCACUCGGGGUGGAGGCCAGAGCAGGAGGCGCUGCGGGUGGCAUGAGUGUUGGUGAGGCUGAUACAGACCGCAUAAUGGCAGAGAUAGGCGGGGGAGAAGAGGGUUGCGAUGAGGAGAGAGCAGGAGGGAUGGAAGCUGGACUGCCAUCUUUAGCAGCAGCAACACCAGAGCCAGGACCAGAACCAGCAUCAGCAUCAGCGCCAGCAGCAGCAGCAUGUGACAAGGCAGCAGCGGACGAGCACCGGCAGCAGUCCCUACCCACGCCACCAGCGAAGCGGCCUGUGGAUCUGGUGCCCAGCGACCCGCACCUGAGGGACCUGCUGCCGGACCUGCAGUCCCAGGCAGGGGGGGACAACCCCAAGCGCAUCCGCUGCUGACGCCAACCAGCCCCCGCACUGCUGUGCUCUCCUGUCCCCUCAUGUGCCACAUUACGGGAUGGCCACUAACAUGAGGGUGCAUUAUCACCCUCAUUGGAAGCACUGGCGUCAUAGUCAACGGCAUCACUUCACCCAUGAUCCUUCCACCAUGCAUGGGCUCUGCCCGCGGUCCUCCCUCCAUCCGUCAGCCAGACCCCUUCUACUCACUGCGCCACUCGCAAGAAACUCUUUCGGGGGCAUCGUACCAUCUGAAGAAGACGCCAUGUCCUGCCCUGCGCCUCUGGUAUCUAUAGCAACUGCAUGGUUCUUACAGCACUGCCGCAUUACCGGCAUGAUACAUUGUGAGUUGGGGCAAGCACAUCAGGAGGAGCAGGGCAGGGUAUGGGGCGCGCGACACCCCGCACAGCCAAGGCGGCAAUUUGCUGUAACAAUCAUGGUGUGUGUCCCUGUGUGAUGUGAAUGUGUGUGUGUGUGUGUGUGCGUGUGUGUGUGUGUGUGUGUGUGUGUGUGUGUGUGUGUGUGUGUGUGUGUGUGUGUGUGUGUGUGUGUGUGUACAAGUAACGAUACUGCCCACCAGCCAGCUCCAGCUCGGCUAUUUGCCUCACGAGUUUGCUUCACAUGAAUAUGCCCCCAAAUAGGUUCUUUUUCUGGUUGCUCUCCCUCUCCUCGGCUCAUUGAUUCCCUCUAUUUCUGCCCCAUUUCCUGCUUCUCUGCUUCCCUGUUCGCGUUCCACCAUGCACUCCAAUUGUUCACAUAUUGAAUGUUGUAUAUUACACAUUUGAAGUUAUACGUUAUGAUACUGGUAC